GCAAGAAAGUAAUUCAAGGUCGUGGCUCUGGUUCCGAAGCAGAUGAAAGUGAAUGUUAUCCAGGGCGUUUAACAUCCUCGUCUUAGACAACUGCCAGAUGGGAGGAAUCGUUCGGUUACACGAGUUGACGUGGAAGCUGUUGUCUCUGCCUCUGUUCACCCACACUCAUCCGAACCACAUCGGAAGCAUGUCUCAUAGGAAGCAUUGUAGAUGAAGAGAGUGACAUUGCGAGACGAAAGGACGAUGGAUCCGUUGCAGAACGAUAGGACUUUAAAAUGGAGGGUAUUGGUGAUUCUCUAUAUCACGCUUGAAUUCAUGACCGUCCGCUCAUUCAUGGUGCCAGGAACAUUACAGCUGCAAUUAGAUGAGGAGCAGCCGGCAGGUACGGUCGUGGGUGACAUCAGCGCUGGCCUGCCACCAGGAAUGACUGCAUCCCAUUACUUCAUCUCAGAUCAUCAGGGUACAGGUGUCGGCACAGAUCUGGACAUUGACGAGAGCACGGGCAUCAUAAAAACCGCCAAAGUCUUGAAUCGGGAGGUACGAGACCGUUACAGCUUCAUCGCUGUCACCAUUACUGGCGUAACGAUUGAAGUCACCAUCUUAGUCAAUGACAUCAACGAUCAUGCACCUGUGUUCCCCAAAAAAAGAACCUCUUUUAAAAUCCCAGAACAGACAACCAUAGGCACUAGGUUUCCUCUUGAGCCAGCUGUGGAUGCAGAUGAGGACCAGCUGACCACGCAAGGUUACAUAAUCACGGAUGGAAAUGUGGGACAGGCUUUUCUUUUGGAAACCAAACGGGGAUCCAACAAAGUGCUUUAUUUGGAUUUAGUGGUCAAUGCAGUUUUGGAUAGAGAGACGAGAUCGUUGUAUACUCUUCUCUUGGAAGCAUUCGAUGGUGGGUCACCUAAGAGGACUGGACAGAUGGUCCUGGACGUGACUGUACAAGAUAUCAAUGACAACGCACCUGUGUUCAAUCAGAGUCGAUAUCAUGCAGUGAUCUCCGAGAACCUUCAACCAGGCAACAAUAUACUGCAAGUUUUUGCAUCAGAUGCCGAUGAGGGUGACAAUGGAUUGGUGCUCUAUGACAUCAAUAGGAGACAGAGCGACCCUGAGCGUUACUUUGUCAUUGACUCUCGCACUGGAGUCAUCACUCUAAACAAACCUUUGGAUUAUGAGAUGAGAAGAGUCCAUGAGCUUGUGGUACAGGCAUGGGACAAUGCCACGCAGCCGGAGGUCACCAAUGCAUUUGUGACCAUCCAGGUUCGAGACUACAACGACAACCAGCCAACCAUGACCAUCAUUUUUCUCAGUGAAGAUGGUUCUCCGCGCAUCUCUGAAGGAGCACAGCCUGGCCAGUAUGUUGCCAGAAUUUCGGUCACAGAUCCUGAUUACGGUGAAUACGCCAAUGUCAACGUGUCUUUAGAGGGUGGAGAUGGAAAGUUUGCUUUAACGACUAAAGACAACAUCAUUUAUCUCAUCUGUGUAGAGAAGAUCCUGGAUCGGGAAGUGCAGGACCAGUAUGAACUCCGAGUCAUGGCGACAGAUUCCGGGACCCCUCCUUUACGAGCAGAGUCCUCGUUCACCAUUCAGGUCACAGACGUUAACGAUAACCCACCUUUGUUUGACCAGCAUGAGUACACCCAAGUCGUUUCAGAGGGUGCUGUUCCAGGAAGUUUUGUACUACAGGUAACAGCACGGGACAAAGACAAGGGUCCCAACGGAGAUGUUCAUUACAGUAUCCUUCACAAUGAAAGAAGUCAUUCAGACUGGUUUAGUGUUGACACCGUCACUGGGACCAUCACCGCGCUGACCCAGCUAGAUUACGAGACGGACCCUAUGCCAAGUUUAACUCUGGUAGCCACCGACAGGGGUCAACCGCCACUGUCCUCUACAGCUGUGGUCAAAGUGAUUCUACAGGAUAUUAAUGAUAACGAACCGGUUUUUGGAAGCAAAUUCUACAACGCGUCCAUCAUGGAGAACAUUGCACUGGGGACCUGCUUCAUGGAGGUUACAGCCACGGAUGCGGAUGGUGGGUCCUUUGGUUCCAUCUCCUACUCUAUGGGCUCUGGUCCAGGCACCGUAACCCCAUCUCAGUUCACCGUUGGCAAGGACAGUGGACAGAUCUGUACUACCACCGUCUUGGAUUGUGACCAAGGUCCAGCCAACUAUGACUUUACCAUCACAGCUGCGGAUGGGGGAGGACUGCGUUCAGAGGCCCAAGUGCGGGUGGACCUGAUAGACAUAAAUGACAAUCGACCAGCAUUUUACCCUUUGAGUUAUGCUGUCAGCUUGAGCACCCAGAGCGUGCCGGGAACCUCCGUUCUGAGGGUGACUGCACACGACCCGGAUGCUGGAGAGAACGGCAGGGUUACGUACCGUACGGCUGCUGGUGGAAGCUUGCCUUUCUUUACCCUUAAUAAAGAUACUGGCGUGAUCUCACUGUCGCGCGCUCUGCAUGGGAAGGCAAACUCUGUCAUUACCAUGGUGAUCUCAGCUCAAGAUGGUGGUGGUCUAACCGCUCCGACCAAUGCCAGGGUCAACAUCAGCAUCGUGGCGGGACUGGUCGCACCUCCUGUGUUUGAGCAAGCUCAGUACUUCUUUGUGGUCUCUGAGGACGCCCUGCGUGGAACACAAGUUGGCAUUGUCCGGGCCAGCACUAAGAACGGUCUCUUGAAGGAUAUCUCCUACACAAUAAGCUCUGGUGACCCAACCGGCUAUUUCACUGUAGAUUCUGAGACAGGAGCUUUGAGGACGAGCUUGCCUCUCGAUCACGAAGCCCAAUCAAGCUUAAAUCUGGAGGUUCAGGCCCACUGUGGUAACCCCCCAGCCUUUGGCCAAACUCGGGUACGGAUUACAGUGGUGGACAUUAACGACAACGCACCCGUCUUCUCGCCCUCUUCAUCCGAGUCAUUGAUCCUACCCGAGGACACUCGGAUGGGUUCGGUGGUCUACAAGGUGCAAGCAGAAGAUCGUGAUUCGGGCCCAAAUGGUCUUCUGUGUUUUGACCUGUUCACCAGCGGUGCCCAGAGAACCUUCAGCAUCGAUCGCAACAGCGGACAAAUCCGUCUGAUCGGGAGUUUGUCGUACGACACCGUGCCUCGCUAUGACCUGCAGGUUAUCGCCAAAGACAGCGGAGCUCCUCAACUUAGCUCGACCAUCACGCUGGUCUUCCAUGUGCAGGCGGAGAACAGCCACGGACCCGUGUUUGAUAGCCUCACGUAUAGAGUAGAGCUGAAGGAGAGCACGCCACUCAACACUCGUUUCCUUCAGGUGCGAGCCGCAAACAGAGACAACAGCAUCACCGCUGGUGUGUCAUCUACAUCCUCUGCUCCACUAGCUUACCACCUGCAUCCAGACGGCGACGCAGCAGGGUUUGGCAUCGUGUCUGAUAGUGGUUGGCUGUUUGUUAAAAGCUCUCUGGAUAGAGAAGCCAAAGAAAUGUACCACCUCACAAUUUUGGCAUCAUCAGGGUUCGGGCAACUGAAGAAGACGGGUAGCGCUACUGUGCGUGUGUCAGUAACGGAUGAAAACGACAACUCGCCACGGUUUGCACAGGACAGGGCAUUUCUGGCGGUGCAGGAGAAUCUGCCAGCAGGGACUGGUUUUGGUAGGGUGUCUGCCAGCGAUAGGGAUGCAGGACUCAACGGUCGACUGAGCUACCGCCUGCUCCAUCUGGAUCGACACUUCCAGAUCAACUCCCACACAGGGGAGAUAAGUACAAGACUCUCUCUUGAUCGUGAACUUCAUUCCAGCUACCAGCUCAUCGUGUUGGCUCAGGAUGGUGGAACCCCCCCACGCAGCUCUACAUGCACCGCUUUCAUCACAGUCCUGGAUGAGAAUGAUAAUGCCCCCUCUUUCACCCACGCUCAGACAGGAAGAGAGCUCUUGCUGCAGGUGUUGGAAGGUCAACCGUCCGGAUUUCUGCUGGGCAUCGUUCAAGCCAAAGACCCCGAUGAUGGGGAAAAUGGGGCUAUUUUCUACUCCAUGUCUGGUCCCAGAGCAGAACGUUUUUCUCUGAACCCUCACACCGGCGAGCUGCGGUCUGCCUCGCCACUGAACCACUCUGAGCGACCCGAGUACAGCUUUACUAUACUGGCUUCCGACCAAGGUUCACCUCCGCAGAGCUCCACCACAGCACUGAGAAUACAGGUUCUCAGCUCCAGUAAAGGAUCACAGUCCACUAACUCUCAGUCACUGACCCUGAAAUCAGUGGAGGGAGCGAAUCCUGGAUCUAUCAUGGGUUCGGUAAGAUCGCCCGAUUCUCAAACCCACCCUGAAGCAGGCCUGAUCACAUACACCGUGGUCGGGAGCACCGACCGUGAGAGCACCUUUGUAGUCGACCGCCUGACCGGUGACGUUUACUUGGCUCGUGAGCUUGACUUUGAAAAAGCUCCACGGUACACCCUUCAGGUCGAGGUGGAUGAUUUCUCCAUGCCUCUUCCUAAAAGUCAUUUUGUUACAUUGAUAAUUGACGUCCAAGACAGCAACGAUCACACUCCACAGUUUCCCGAAGACCCCAUCACAAUAGUUAUCCCUGAAAACACGGAACCUGGGUCUUCUGUCUACACCUUUCACGCCGUAGAUAAAGACGGAAGUGGACCUAACAGCGAAAUCCGGUAUUCCAUCCUGAACCAGUUGCCGAACAGUCCAGACCUUCUGUUUUUGGAUCCAGCCACAGGGGUGCUGUCUUUGGGGACGAUGUUCGACCAUGAGAGAUCCACAUCGUUUCUUUUAGUGGUUCAAGCGACUGAUUCAGCUUCCGAUGAGAGUCAGCGGCGUCGAGGGACGGUCACAGUUCGCAUCUUUGUCACCGAUGUGAAUGACAACAAGCCUGUUUUUAUCUCACCGUCUGUGGUGAGCGUGAUGGAGGACCAACCUGUUGGCUUUGUCGUGGUAUACGUCAUGGCUGUAGAUGUGGAUCACGGUGAGAACGGACGGGUGUCGUACCGUAUCCAGAGUGGCAACAUAGGAGAAAAGUUCAGCCUGAAUCCUGAUACAGGGGCUUUGUAUGUUCUUAGGCCGAUUGACCGUGAAGAGCAAGACCUUUUUAACCUGACCAUUGUGGCAGAGGAUCAUGGUUCACAGCAGCUCUCCAGCACGCAGCUGCUGUCAAUCCAGGUGAUCGAUGUGAACGAUGAAGCUCCAUACUUUGAGGAAAGUGAAUAUGAAGCUUUUGUUGCAGAGAAUCAGCCUGCAGGAACCACAGUGCUGGUGGUUUCAGCUUCGGAUAUGGACCAAGGGACCAAUGGAGUAGUUACGUACACUAGCAUUGUGGGGGAUGAAUUCAGCAUCCAUCCGGUGACUGGAGUCAUAACAACUACCAAACCUUUGGAUAGGGAGGCCCAAGGAGAUUAUGCCGUGACAGUUUAUGUCAGAGAUGGUGGUUCUCCGCCCAAUUUCGCCAAGACCACAGUGCGUGUGACAGUGCUGGAUGAGAAUGACAACAGGCCGGUCUUUGGGAGGGUUUACUACAGUCUGGAGGUGCCGGAGAACCAGGAGCCGGUGACUCUUUUCACUAUUAGAGCCACAGAUCAAGACUCUGGGGACAGUGGGGUACUGCACUAUAAAAUUACUGAUGGGGACUAUCUUGGUGAUUUCCAUUUGGACAUGAAAUCAGGUGUGCUGUCCACUUCCAGGCCUUUGGACCGAGAAUCCAAAUCCAGAUACACCCUCACCGUGGAGGCACAAGAUCAGGGCAUACCAUCCCUCGCAAGCACUGUCACGUUGGAUAUCAAUGUGUUGGACUUAAAUGACAAUAGUCCAGAGUUCCCUAGCAACAGCUACUCUGUGGAAAUAUCAGAAGAUGCCCCAGAAGGUUCUCUGGUUCUGAAGGUAUUCGCCUCUGACCCAGACGAGGGUUCAAACAGCCAGCUGGUGUACAUCCUGAGCCAGGAAUCCAGAGGUAUGUUCACUGUGGACCAACAUACAGGUCGCAUUAGUACAGCAGCAGUUCUCGACAGAGAAAAAGUCUCAUCCUACAGCUUUAAAGUCUACGCCACGGACUCCUCUGCCGCCAAUCCCCAUAACACCUCGGCACAGGUCACCGUCAACGUCUUUGAUGUAAAUGAUAACGCCCCGUUCUUCAUCACGGAUCCACUGAUCAUCAAUGUCUCCAGCAGUGGUAUCUCCAACCAUAAAGUUCUGGCCACUAUGAGAGCCGAGGAUAAGGACUUUGGUGCAAAUGGUUCUGUGUUUUAUCGGUUUGCAAACCCAGUCAAAGGCUUCACUAUAAACUCCCUGACGGGAGACAUACAAGCAAAAGAGAAGCUUCAUGCGCUAACCCAAAGUCAACGGACUCUCAUUGUGGAAGCUAUGGAUCAGGGAAACCCGUCCCAAUCGUCUCUGGGAGUUGUAGUUGUGUACAUCAGAGAACAGAGUUAUCAAGGCAUUCGCUUCUCUCGUCACACAAGGGACGUUAGCCUUCAGGAGAAUGCAGCCAAAGGUACAUCUGUCAUUCAGAUACAGGCUCGCAAUCUAGAUGGCUCUAGCAGUGGCAUUAACUACAGCAUCUUUAGUGGCAACAAGCAGCAGUCCUUCGGCAUCAGUCCUUACACGGGUGAGAUUUGGGUUGAGAGCUCCAAGGGUCUGGAUUUUGAGGAGACCCCUCGACUCCGCCUGGUUGUCAAGGCUGAAACGGCGUCUUCCAGCUCCUUCAUGGCUGUCAACCUUCUCCUGCAGGAUGUCAACGACAACCUGCCACGCUUUCAGCUUCACAACUACUUCGCUUAUGUUCGUGAAGCCCAGGGCUACGAUCACCCUAUAAUGCAGGUGCUGGCUGAUGACCUGGACCAAGGUCAGAACGGGCAGGUAACCUAUUCCAUAAGGUCUUCGACCAUGAGUAGCCUCUUCAAGAUCGACCCUGUCACAGGAAGCAUAUCCACCGCUGCCAUCAUGGAUAGAGAGAUUUGGACACAUACAAACUUGGUUAUUACGGCAACAGACAGAGGCACUCCUCGGUUAGCAGGUUCAGCUACUCUCACCGUGAUCAUUGUGGACCUGAAUGACAAUAGUCCCACCAUCCCCGUUCCGCGUGAAGUCCGUGUCCCUGAGAAUACUUUGAUUGGAACUGUGAUCACCCAGAUCACAGGGAAUGAUGUGGAUUCUGGGCCUGCUCUUUGCUAUACCCUUCUCCUGGAUUCUGACUCUCGGGGGAGGUUUGAAAUACACCGCUAUGGAGGUGGAGUGUCCUUGACCGCCCAUCUGGACUUUGAAGAGAGAACAUGGUACACAUUGACUGUCACCUCCUCAGACUCCAAGCAACAGAGUCAAGCAAAUCUGACCGUGCUGGUGGAGGAUGUUAAUGAUAACGCUCCAGUCUUCUCUCAGGACCUUUAUGAGGUCACACUGGCAGAACACUCGCCAGCAGAAAGCUCCGUUAUCACAGUAACUGCUACAGAUAAGGACUCUGGAGAGAACGGAAGGAUAACAUACAGAGUUUUAUCAACAAAGGACAUGUUCCACAUCGACCCAAAAAAUGGCACUUUGUUCAUCAAGCAGAAGGUUGAGUUUGACCCACAGCGUCCUUUCAUUUUUGUGGUGGUUGAAGCCAGCGAUUGUGGAACACCUCCACUAACCUCCCAAACCACAGUUCAGGUGCAUAUAUCUGACAUCAACGAUAAUGCCCCUGUCUUCCUCCAGACUGAGUACAGAGCAUCUAUUUCAGAAGAUGAAGUUCCCGGUUCAACCAUUUUAACCUUGGAAGCUGUGGAUAUGGAUUUAUUUAGGGACAACUGUGGCUUUGAUUUUGCCAUCGCUAGUGGAAACAUCGGCAAUGCCUUUCAAAUAGAGAGCAGCGUUCGCUUCCUCGAAGGCCAUGGAUUUCAGACUGUUGGGAUGCUGAUCUUGGUUGAUAAGCUUGACUUUGAGACUGUCAAUAGCUACAAUCUCACUAUAGUGGUCUCUGAUCGUGGUAUCCCACAGCGAAGCUCCAGUGUUCCCGUGCUGAUCACUGUAACAGACACCAAUGAUAAUCCGCCUGUCUUCAACAUGGUGGAAUACAAAGUAGUCAUCAAUGAAGGAGCGGAAAAAGGAACAGAGAUACUACAGCUUUCGGCUUUAGAUCCGGACUCAACACCUAAUGGAGAGGUUCAGUAUUCAAUCAGCUCCGGAGACGAGUCUGAGCUUUUUUCUGUGGAUCGGUGGAACGGGUCGCUUCGUCUGAGAAGAUCCCUAGAUGGUGACCAAGAAUCCUCUCAUUUGCUCAUCAUUCAAGCCUCAAACGGUGUAGGUCACUUUGCACUCGCUCCUGUAAUUGUGGAGGUCAAGGACAUCAAUAACAACCGGCCUUACUUCCCUCUUAAAAAACUCACAGCAAGCAUUCGUGAAAACCAGCCCCAAAAUGCUCUGGUCACCACGCUGCACGCCAUCGAUCAAGACAAAGGAACAUAUGGAGAGCUAAAGUAUUUUUUGAUAAAUAAAGGCCACUAUAAUGAUAAUUCAUGCAAUGGGAAAGAUGUUUUCUUGGUCAACCGAACCUCCGGACAGGUGCGAACCUGCUUCCCUUUGGACUUUGAAAAGGUCAACACUUCCAGUUUUAUUGCUCUUGCAAUGGAUGCAGGCAACUUCUCAGCCACAGUCACAGUUCAGGUAUUUGUCAAUGGUGAAGAUGAGUAUGACCCCGUUUUCACCCACUCGGACUUCCCCUUCCGUGUACCUGAGGGUGCCAAGAAAGGACAAAGUGUUGGACAGGUGCAUGCUAAAGAUGAAGACGGCGGAGUGGAUGGUAUUGUUCUUUACACUCUCGCAAACAGUUCGCCUUACUUCGACGUCAACACAUCUACUGGAGUGAUAUCACUAAAGAUGGAUGCCUCCCAACGACAUGUAAGCCGGGCCAAAAGAGAAACACGUCAGAUGACAUUGGAUGUUAUUGCCCACAGUCCCCUAGAAAACUCUCGGAAAGCUUCGGCCCGGAUCACAAUCGAUGUCACUCAUACGUCCUUUGGCCUAUCCACAGACAUGAACAUAGUGCUUGCCAGUGCCAUUGCAGCUUCUCUUGUAGCCAUUGUGGUGUUGAUCAUAGUUGUUGUGGUGAUAUUCCUUUUGAGAUCCCGAAGGUUUAAAGAACAAGAGUCGUGCACUCGAAUAGUCACCCGUGAUACUGUUCUUGAGAGUCUUGAAGACUCAAAAGUUCCAGGCGGCGAUAAACUCUACCAUCAGGCCCUACCCGGGUAUGCAACAGAACAAUCUGGGAACGGAGGGGGUGCUUACACGCGAGGCGGGUCGCUUGAUCCAUCCCACUCCAGUGGACGUGGUUCCGCUGAAGCAGAAGCUGCAGAGGAUGAUGAGAUCCGGAUGAUCAACGAAUAUCCGCGAGUUUCCAGCAUCUCCUCGUCCAUGCAGGAGCACAUAGCUGCCCGUGGACCCGACUCUGGGAUCCAGCAAGAUGCUGACCAGCUCUCUGAUAUUUCUGGUGAGCCAGGCAUGGACGCCAACCAGUGGUAUAAAGGGAAGAAGUUGGGAAGUUUAAGUGGGACGCUAUUAGCAAGCCAGUUGCCAGCUUACAGGGAUGAGGGAGGCGGAUUUCUUGGGGUUGGGCGAGGUCUAAGCAUCUCCCAUCCAAAAGAUUAUGCUUUCCCGGAGGAUGGCAAGCCUGCAAUUGAUGGUUCUCUUACAGCAAUCGUGGCUAGCGAUGAAGAACUUAGGGGGAGUUACAACUGGGACUAUCUUCUUGACUGGUGCCCUCAGUUUCAGCCUCUGGCUAAUGUUUUUACAGAAAUUGCGCGGUUAAAAGAUGAAAAUGCACCAGCUAACCAUCGGCGGCCUUUUCAUCCUAAAUCCAAGUCAAGAAUAGACCCCCCUCCCCUUAUCACCUCUGUAGCUCAUCCAGGGGCCAAAACUGUAAUGCCAAAACCUGCUGUCGGACGAACAUUUCCCCAUUUGUCCUCACUGCGAAGGUCUCCGAUUGACCAUGACGGUUCGGUUACCUCAAUAGCCAUGUCUCCAAGUUUCUCUCCUUCUCUAUCGCCACUUUCUGCCCAUUCCCCAGCCAUCUCUACUUUUGGGGUCACACAGGGUCACAGGUCCUCGGGUAUCAAUACAGCUGAGCACUCGAUAGAUCAUAAUGAGGAGGCAGAACUUAGAAUAUAACCCUGUCAAAGGAGAGCUCACCACCUGUCUCAGGUACUGAAAAUGCCUCUGCCGUAGUCCUGAUUCUCAUGUUGCAAGUAAUGUUGCCCCACUGGCUGGCCAGAGGUUUCAGAAUGUGGUGCUGUUCACCGAUUGUUAAACUUACUGACUUCUGAACAAUGGCUAUUGUAUAAUGAUGCUGUCCAUCAUUAAGAUGAACUGACGUUUCUUCAGCCCAGCAUUUGCACAAUUAAAAGGACGGUUAUUGUUAUGUAAAAGAAAACCUUUUUGUAUUAUAUAUUUUUGUACUGAUGAUUUUUGUUUCAAGUGACAUGUGUCAAACGGUUGCUAUAACCUGUGUUUUUAUUGACAUACAUUUAUAUUUGUAUAUAAGUGGUUGAUAUUGUAAAAUGUUGGGGAGCUUGUUUUAGGUUAUUAACAGGUGCCAUUCUAAUAUGUUUGAAGUGCAGUGUUAAGCUCUUAAAUGGGGAAUAUGUUUAAGUGUCAGUAUUUAUAUUAAAAAAACACAACAUGUCCAUACAAAGACUUUGGAAGAUGCGAUAGUGGCAGUGAUUUCUAGAAUACAUCCUGCUCCCCUCUUUCCUUAGCUUAAUGGGGAAAUAACUGAAGCUGAUGAUACAAAAUGUACUUACUGUGGUAAAAUUUUCAUUUGUAAAUUCAGUUUUUGCCUUUUCAAGAAUUUUAAAUGCCAGUAUGAAGUUAGUUGUAUGUAUGUUCAUUUGUACAUUAAGAAGCUUUUUUGUGUUACUCAAGUAAAACAACUGUAGCUUUACAGUUUUAGACAAUUCAAGAAAAUAAUAAUAUAAUAUUUCUAAAAAAGUAAAAAGGGCAGCUCUUAACUGCACCUUGAGCUGAUAUUUACAAACGUUGUAAAGUAACUGGAAGUAAUAUGUUUUUGUCUUUUACUCUUUUUUUACUCUUUUAUUUUGAAAAACAGAAUUGGAAAUAUUUUCAGGGCCAGAAAAAUGGCUUACAUUGCUUAAAUAAGCUCUAGAUAAUAAUUUGAUAACUUUGGAUUUCUUCGUUUAGGCUAAACUGAUUUUCGGUCAUAUUUUUUGAAUCCAAUAUCCAAUAAUUUGGGCGAAACAAAGAUUCACUCCACAGCUCAAGGUACUUAUAUGUAUAUGUACAUUUUUCAUUGUAGCAACUCCUUAAAAAACAGAACUGUGGUUGAAUAAUUGGUUUUGAUGACUAUACCACAAUUUUUUUAGUUUUGAUUACAUUACAACAUUGCCUAAAAUUUGUUGAAAAAGCACUGGUUUAUUAUUAGAUUUCAGUUGGUUUUGCUUAUUUUUCAUUCUCCAAUACAACGUUUGCAAUAAAGUAAAAGGCAAAUCUUUCAGAUUUAAAAAUGGUUACAUGAGAAUUUUAAGAGAAAUCCUCCAGGCAAGAUUAAUAUGUAGCAUUUUACUUUAAGUGAUUGUGAAACCUGUUUUCUUAAAUUAUUUGCAGAAAAUGUUGGACCAUUGUAAAUUUGGCAUACGAUUAUAUGUUUUUUUCUUUGUUCAUGUAGUCUAUUCCGAUUUCCAUAACAAAGUCUCAGUUUUAAAGUUAUAAAAAUCCACAGUGCCUAUUAGAGAAAACUCGUUGUAAGUUUUGUUUCGAUGCUAAAAUUUACAGCAUUUAUAAAAUUUCAGUAUUACAGAUCAUUGCCCGUCAUGUUUAUGUGAGGUGAGCUUGAUUUCCAGGGGUAUGUCUGUCCCUCCUCUUGUUUCUUGUAUUUAAGGCAGAUGUUAUUUUUGUUAUGUACAAAUACAACUCCUCAGUCAUAUUAACUGUGAAAUAUGAUAUCAUGCUGCCUCGGAGGAACAUAAUGUUCACUUGUUCACAGUGUUUA